UCCCGGGAACAAUGGUUUUAUGAUAUUGUUAUUUUUUAUCGAUAUUAUUUGAUAUUUUGUUUCUUGAAAAAUACAUUAUUUUUUGCGUCAUUACGUGAUAAGCCAUGAUAAGCUGAUAAGCUGGAAGUCUAGAUGGUGAUGAGAUCGUACUUAUUAUACAUAUUUAUUAGAAAACAAUCUGAAAUAUAAAUAUUUGAUUGUUCCACAGUUUUUAUAAGGGCACAUAUAUAAUAUGUCGGGAUCAGGGUAUGGAUUCCGACCACCAGGAUUUUAUGUACCAGGCCAACAGGGAAAUGGAGAAUAUCCCCAAUAUCCUCACAAUUCUACACCAAAUCAUUAUUAUCCACAACUCCCACAAGUUCCUCAGUACCAACCACCAAGUUACAGCCCUCCUCAAUAUAUGCCACCACAACAUGCUGCACCUGUAAUCAGUCCUACAAGUUACCAAUGGAUAGAUACAACUGCAUAUGGAGGAGUGCCUCCAACAGCAUUUAGAGGUGGCGUCGACAUAGAUGGUCAUCCAAUUUAUGUUGGCAGGGCUUUUCACGCAGGGGAUUGGAUCCCUGCCAAGGUUAUUCCAGGAAAGCAUGUAGCCUACAUAUGCCAUAAUGGUCGGGAGCAUGCAAAAGAUAGAUUCCAGGUGCUGUGUGAGCAGCAUUUCCAUUGGCUACCUGACUAUGGAGGGCGAGUUCCCUAUGGUGCUGUAGAGGGAGGUAGAACAUCCAGUGGUGAACCUCUUUAUAUAGGAAGAGUGCAUCACCAAGGAUCACACACUGUAGGAAAGAUUCACCCAAGUCAUGGCGUCUGUUACAUACCAUUUGAUGGUAAAGAAGUAUCUUACAGAAACUAUGAGGUUCUUCUUCGAAGAUGAAAAGGUCAUACUUAAUAACAGUUCUAUAGCCUCAUGCCCAUCAAAGUGGCAUAAAAUGAUGAACUUAAAUUUUAUACUUUCUAUAUUUUUACUCUACCUGUCAUAUCUUUUAAACUUAUGCGUAUGAUACUGUUUCGUUUCUGAUAUACAAUGUGAAAACAUA